AUGGAGUGUGAUGAGUUGCAUAAUGGCACUAGUGAGGAAACUGAAAGAGACAUUGAAGAUCUCGAAAUUAUGGAAGAAAAUAUUAGACAAAGCAAAGAUAAAUCAGGUAAUUCAGAAAUGCCGGGCGACGAUGAAAUAGUGGAAUUGAAUUCUGAUACCGCUGAGAUUGUUGAUCGGUGCGGUUUAUCAAAAUCUGCUUCUUUGCAGGGAAGCUCAGGAAGAGAAACCUGCGAUGAAGAAGGAAAAGACGUAACGGAAGAACAUAUUGAUUUUAUUGGUGCUGAAGAUUUCACCGACGAAGAUUUGAAAGUUUUAAAAGAAUAUGGUGUUUGUCCAUCAUAUAUCGAAGUGGUUCAAUGUGAUAACGAUCCAGAGCUGAGGGAAGUGAUGGAUUCUUUGCAGAAGACUGCGUAUGAGAAAGCGGAUGAGGUGGUUAGUUCGGAUGGAUCAAAUUCUGAAGCCGAUUUCCUAUUGAGGACUGGUACUAUGUUACUCAGAAAUAAAGAACAGAAGACAAGAAAUUCCAAAUCAUACGCUCGAAACAGUUCCGCAAAGAGUGUUGUGGAUGGGGACGUUCAUGAAUAUGACUAUGUUGAGACGGAUCAUAGUGGGGAUGAUGUGAAAGAGGUAAAGGAAAGCAAGGAAGAUAAAGAAAUGACACCUCGUUCUAAAUCACAAAUCAAACACAGCAAAUUUUAUGGUCGUGGCAUAAGCACUGAUGAACCGAAGCGCAACGCUACAAGUAAAAAUAAAGUAGCGUGUAAUUCAGAUGCUGUCACUUGUGCUAAAGAGGAAGCUUCAAGUGAUAACGUGCCGAAAAUGAGUGGUAGUCUUAAAAAAGAUCGUCUUCUAAGCAAGCGUGUGGUGCUGAGCGAUAGCGAGAUGGAAUCAACCGAUAGUGAAAAAGAAGAAAAAAGACCAGAAGAAAUUAUUAAAGAUAUCGAAGUGGAUAAGAGAAAAAAAACAGAAAUCAUCUUGUUUCACAGGCGAAAACAAAUACAUUCUUCGGAUUCGGAAACUUCCUUUAAUACUAUGGGAUCGGAUACUGAUGAUAGUAUAAUUGCUGAAGUAGUUGAUACUAACAGUAAUAUUGAACUACCCAGUUCAAGUGAUGAGAAUGGCAGUAAAAAGUCGAAAAAAUCGCGUAAAGGCAAAAACACACCGAAGCGAAAGCGUAUUCGCAUUGAUGAUGAUGAUGGGGAAGAUGAAGAGGAAGGAGAUGAUGACAAUUCAUCAGAAGAUGAGGAAAAUGAGAUGAGCAAAAAAUUGCCGAACAAAAGAGGCACUCGAAAAAUUAUGACUAAAGAGCGAUUACAAAAGGAUACAAUCGACGCUGAAUUUGCAGAAAAAGAACGAAGGAAACGUUUGGAAGCAAAACAGAAAGAGUUCAAUGGAAUCGAGCUGGCCGAUGGACCAGACUUGGCGACUGCGCUGAGUUCUUCGUCACAGAUCGCAAAACACCAGCGUUUAAAAAGCGUUGUCCUCGACCCUGAUAAAAAAGGCAGUCCACCGUGUCCAGUAUCCGUACAUCCGUCAUUGGUCGCAUUCUUGAAGCCUCAUCAAGCUAAGGGUAUCCAGUUUUUGUAUGACAGUUCCAUCGAAUCACUGGAGCGAUUGGAGCAGGAUGGCGGUGGCGGUAUCCUUGCUCACUGCAUGGGCUUGGGUAAAACAUUACAGGUAAUCGCUUUCUUGCACACUGUAAUGAUGCACCCGAAGUUAUGUGUUCACCUCAAACGUAUCUUAAUUAUUGUGCCCAAAAAUGUCGUAUUAAAUUGGUACAAUGAAUUCGAGAAAUGGCUUGAUAAUGAAGAUGUCGAUAGAGAUUUGGCCACGAUUAAUAUUAUGGAAUUAGAUUCCUUGAAGGACUACACCAACAGACGGUUGGCGUUACAAAACUGGUUCGAAAAUGACGAGCCAUCAGUGAUGAUUAUUGGUUAUGACAUGUUCAGAAUCUUAACACAAGGCGAUGAUGAUAAAGGCAAGAAAAGAAUUGAUGGGAUGAAGAAAACAACGAAGAAUAAAAAGCUGGCCAAAAUGCAACCGGAUUUCCGGAAGUUCCUUCAGGACCCUGCUCUUGCAAAGACUAUGUUAAAAAUUCGUACGAAACGACGUUUGUGCUUGACCGGAACACCGCUUCAGAAUAAUCUUAUGGAAUAUCAUUGCAUGGUAAAUUUUGUCAAACCAGGCUUACUGGGUACCAAAACAGAAUUUGCAAAUCGUUUUGUAAAUAUCAUUAAUCGUGGAAGAACUAAAGAUGCAACACCAGCAGAAGUUCGUCAUAUGAAGAAACGCUGUCACGUUCUAUAUGAACAUCUCAAAAAUGUUGUUGAUCGUAAGGAUUACCGAGUGUUGACAGAAGCUAUUCCCCCGAAACAAGAAUACGUAGUGAACGUUCGUUUGACGCCUCGUCAGAUAUCAUUGUAUCGUACAUUUCUUGACGGUAUAGGUCCAGAAGGUAUCCUGUUAAGCAGGCGACUCCUUCCCGAUUAUCAUGUGCUGUCACGUAUUUGGACUCAUCCAUAUCAACUUAUUGCUCAUCAAAUUGAACUUGAGAAGAAGCGUCUUUGGGAGGAUGAUAGGGAUGAAAUGGCGGAUUUCAUUAAUGAUGAUGGAAGCGAAACAUCAUCAGAAGUUGAUUCGGACGAUGACGUUAUUCCUUUAGAUAACAAUGAUCAGCCUGAAACAAGCAAUAGACCAGUGGUACCAGCACGGAAGUCACGCCGACUGGCGGGUGAAGAUGCAGAGGAAGGGAAAGAAAUUAUGCCAGAAUAUGAAGAAUGGUUCACCAAAACGGGUUUAGUCACGGAAGCAGAUCGAAACGAUUUUUCACUUAGUAAUAAACUCAUGCUGCUAGUUGAAAUUAUCAAAAAAAGUGAAGAAAUUGGGGAUAAACUAUUGGUAUUCUCACAAAGUAUCGAAUCAAUUUCGUUGAUUAAACGAAUGUUGCAAUAUAUGGAUGAGAAUGAUGCGUGGUUUACAGAUGGCCAUGAAGCAAUGAAAGCAGCAAAGGAAAGUUGGGGUUGGAGAGAAGGGCGCGAUUAUAUGGUGAUCGAUGGACAAGUACAAACCAGUAAACGGCACGAAAUACAAACAAAAUUUAAUGACCCAAACAAUUUGCGUGCCCGUUUGAUGCUUAUUUCUACACGUGCUGGUUCACUGGGAACCAAUAUGGUUGCUGCAAAUCGAGUUGUUAUUUUUGACGCCUGCUGGAAUCCAUCACAUGACACACAGUCUUUAUUUCGUGUAUACAGAUUUGGGCAAACAAAACCCGUAUACAUUUAUCGGUUCAUUGCUCAGGGAACAAUGGAAGAACGAAUUUACAAACGUCAGGUUACUAAAGAGUCAACAUCGAUGCGUGUUGUGGAUGAGGCACAAAUUGAGCGGCAUUUUGCUGGUCAUGACUUACUGGAAUUAUACAAGUUUGAUCCGGAUGAAUUGGACGAUACGCAAAAUGUACCAAAAAGGCCGUUGAUGGCACCGCCAAAAGAUCGCUUAUUAGCGGAUAUCAUUUUGUCGCACGGUGACUGCAUUGUGAAUUACAUUCAGCAUGAUUCAUUAUUCAAGAACUUGGAAGAAGAAAAACUUACUGACCAGGAAUGUAAAGAAGCUUGGGAAGAUUACGAACGAGAGAAAGUAAAUCCAAGCAGAGGAGUAUAUGGUAAUUUCAUGGAACAAAUACGAACGGACAUGGUUUUGUUGCGUGAACAAGCCAGUGAAUCUUUGCAACCAAUUUUUGCUGAUCCAGUAUAUAUGGCAGCGUUUCAGCUGAGAGCUAUGGAUAGUGAUACAGCUCAGAAAGUCACUUUCAUUAAGAGAAGUUUGGAUGCAUUAUUGCCAAAGAUUCCAGCACGCUUGCGUAGUGGAGUGAACGAAUUUACGACUUAUUUUUUGGCCUUGAUAAACGAAGGAGUGAAAACAGCCGAAAGCGGACCUUGGUUAUACAAUAAAACAGUUAGCGUUUUUCGAACAGUUGUUUCAAUUGUAAAAAACGAGCCGCAAUGUAUACCUGUACUUCAGUAUCUUUAUCGUACUGCACCACAAAUAUUUGAUCCAAAUGAACCUAAUGCUCUUUAUAUGUAA